GUGGGUGACGUCGACCCAGACUGUCGUGUGCCCUUUCAUUGGUGUUUCCUCGUUCCCUAGUGACUGGUACCUGGUAGGCAGUGUGUUCGUCUCCGAUGAGUGAACCUGAACCUCGCAUGUAGUGGCGCCCAGAUUUUGGUGACUUCCAAACUGUACCUGGCCAAUGACACACAGUGUCAUUGUGGCGCCGCACGCACAACCACUCCCAAUAUCGUCUCUCAGCAACAUUAUGGUGUUUCGGUGACAACGAACAAAAAACUCUGAACAGUUAUGACGUGUAUGAGACACGUUGGCAACAUGUUUGUGUGGUGGCUGGUUGUAGUGGUGGCCCUGGCAGUAGGUGCCGCACCUGACACUGGCUCUUCAAACUUCGACAACCAUAGGGCCAAGAACGGCCUCCACGGCAGCUCCCGGCACUAUGAGGAGCGUGAAUACGAGGUCUCUCCUGUACGUCUGGCAUAUCCUCGAGACGGCAAGAAGACCGAAGCGAAGUGGGUUGUGGUAGGUGGCAGGAAUGUGGUGCCAGGGUCAGUGUACAGGGUGGCUGUGGAGGCUCUCAGCACCUCUCAGCUCCUCACCAUCAGAGCCUCCCUCCUCAACACCGGCGAGCAGGUCGCCUCCGACAAGGUCAUCCUCCACUCAGGCGAGAUCUCUGAGAUCCUCCUCAAGGUUCCAGACUCCGUGGUGGGUGGAGAGUGGCAGUUGAGGGUGGAAGGGAAGGAGGGUGUCACCUCACUCUUCAAGCGUGCUGUCAACCUCAACUUCCAGGCCAAGUUCCUCACCAUUCUCAUCCAGCCAUCAAGACCCGUCUACAACGCUGGUCAGACAGUGCGGUUCCGAGCCAUCUUGCUGACCAGGGAUCUGAAGCCUUACGAUGAGCCUGUCGACGUCUUUGUCCUGGAUCCCCGGGGAAGAAAGAUGCGCCGCUGGCCCUCCCAUCAGACAGGUCACGGAGUCAUCAACCUCAAGUUCGAUCUGCCCGACUACCCUUUGGUGGGGACUUGGAAGAUCCGGGUGAGGGCUGGCAGCCAAGUGGAAGACAAGAACAUAGAAGUUGAGCACUACUUCAGGCCCAGGUUCGAGGUGUUCGUGCGCCUUCCACUGACGGUGCAGACGUCGGCCGAGUACGUAGAGGGCGUGGUUGUGGCUAAUAUGACCAACUGGAGAGACGUCUUCGGCAACUGCUCCAUCAAGCUGCAGUUCGCCCGUCACGACUACACACAGAUUCCAGACACCUUCACUGAUGCUCACCACGAGUUCAUCGAUGCGUUUCGUGGACACCACUCAUUCAGUCUGCCGCUGUGGAAGGUGCGUGAGAAGCUGGGCAGCAGUGACCUGAGGGGCGUGAGUGUGCGAGUGUGGGCAUCCGUGGGCGACUCCUUCGGAUGGUGGGUGCAGGAAGGGUGGGCGCUGGCAAGGCUGGUGAAGGAGGAGGUUAAGAUAGCCUUCCUGGGGGACCAGCCGCUCAUCUUCAGGCCCGGCAUGCCAGUCACAGUCCAUGUGUUUGCAUCGUACCAGGACGAUCACCCGCUGGGAGAAGAAGAACUGUCAGAUGCGCAGGUCACCCUGGUCAUGAGCUCCACUGGACGCAGCUCUCAGGUGGAAAAGGUGGAGGUGUCGGGACAGACGUUGUUGGAUGGCUCUGGUGUUGCUCAAGUAAUUUUCGAUCUACCUGAUGGCACUCAGGCACUCAAGGUUGAUGCCAGGUUGGUAAGCAGCAGUGGGAUGACAGCAUCAGCCACACUGGUGGGGGCGCUGCAUCACUCACCCAAGAACCGUCACCUGCAGAUCGAGACCUCAACCACGGACGCCACACCGGGGGAAUUCAUAAUCCUUCACGUCAGAAACAACUUCUACACUGAAUACUUCAACUAUGUGGUCUUGGCGCAAGGUGUAGUGAUCUACAGUGGAAGAGAACUGGUAAAGGAUAAUGGACUAUCCACCAUCACCACGUUUUCCUUGCCGGCCUCUACAGAGAUGACCCCAGCAGUGCACAUUGUGGUCUGGGUGGUGGCAAAAGAUGGUCAGCUCGUCUCCCACGCCCUCGUCGUCCCCGUCAACCCACUGGGACGACACAAGGUGGACAUCCGGUGGAAUGAGCAUAAAGACCACAGUGGUGGAUCAGCGGAGAUGAAGAUGAUCGGGGAGAUUGGUGCAUUCUUUGCCGUGUCCUCUGUCUGGGAAGAGACUCACCACAUGGACGCCGGUCACGAGCUGGACGCCGCCAGGGUCCUCUACCACAUGCUAAAUCUGGAAAAGAACGACACUUUGUACGAAGGAAGCUCUAACAUUUCCGUGCCCCACGUACGUCGAGCCGCUACCAGGUCCAGGGACGGCAAUGGGGCCAAGGUGUUCCUCUUCCCCACAGCGAUGGCCGGGCCCGAUGCGCCCUCCACAUUCAACUUCAGCGACCUCGUUGUGCUGACGGAUGCUGACCUUUUCUAUCAUCCGCAUCACGCUUCAGAGACCCCAGAGUGCGGCGAGAGGGAGUUCAAAUGUCUUACCGGAGGUUGCUUCGGCUUCGAGCAGCGCUGUGACACCCACUUUGAUUGUCUUGAUCGCUCCGACGAGGCUGGCUGUCCUGUGGUGGAAGAUCCUCUACGAGAAUUCAGACUCCGGCGCCUGAGUCGUCUCCAUCGCUUCUACGACCCUGAUGACGGUGACUGGGCGUGGAUGGACGUGCGUGGCGUGGGCCGGGAGAUUCAGGUGUUUCCCAUCCCCAAGAGACCUCAAAACUGGGUGGUAUCCAUGUUCGCCGUCGGUAAAGAGACCGGCCUGGGUAUCCUGGAGGAGAAAAUUCAGUUCGACUCUGCUGGACCAUUCAUGUUGACGCUGGAAGGUCCAAGGGUGGCGCGCCAGUUCGAGCAGGUAGGACUGCGGGCGUGCGUUUUUAACUUCCACUCCAGCAAGGUGGGAGUACUGAUCACUCUGCCCGAGUCUGACGACUACCGCUCUGUCCUGGUGGAGAAGAAUGGCGUAGUUAUGUCGUACAAGCCCAGGACUGCAACCGGUGAACACCAACACAUUGUGUGGCUGGAUCCGGGAGAGUCGCGGGACGUUCAUAUCCCCAUCGUAUUUACACGGAAGGGCGAGGUUGAGGUCACCGUGAAGGGCUCCACCAUGAUGCAGGCUGACAGUGACACCAUCAUCAUUGAUGUUACUUCAGAGGGAGUAACCAUCGGGAAGCACACGUCCAUUCUGCUGGAUCUCAAAAAUCGCGCCCUCGUGUACGACUUCCUGGAUAUCGAACUGGACGAGUCUCCCAUCAUUCCUUACUCCCUCAAGCGUCGCUACAUCUACGACACCCCCAUCGGUCACAUUUCCGUUACUGGUGAUGUGGUGGGACCGGCCUUCCCUGAGGUGCCAGUGGGAAGUGACACUCUGCUGGGACUCGAAGUAAUGGGAGCGGAGACCGCGGCCUUCAACUUUGCUGCCAACCUGUGGACUCUUCACUACCUCCGCCUCACCAAUCAGAUCAAGCCUGGACUCGCCUACCAGGUUUUGACGGCGGUGAACGUGCAGUACGCGGCUCUGGCCCGCUACCAGGACGUGGACGGCUCCUUCAGGAUGUGGCCUGAGUCUGAGCCCAGUGUAUGGCUCACAGCUUAUGCUCUCAGGACACUCUGGUUGGCCAGUUUCCAAGACUGGGAGAACCUAAUCUACAUCGACCCCGUGGUGAUCAACUCGGCGGCCAAGUGGUUGCUGCAUUACCAGACCUCGAUGGGUGCCUUCACUGAGACUCCUAACUACACCCACCCACUCGACUCAAAGAGCAACCCCACUCCUGCUUACCAGCUGGAGCGGGAUGGCUACAAGAACGUAUCCUUAACGGCGCAGGUGGUGCUUGCUCUUGUUGACAUCCUUCCUGGCCUCCAUGGAAAUGUUAGGGCUAAAGUCAACAUAGCCAAAGCCAAUGCCAUUGCGUACCUGGAGAUGGAGCUGGAGAGCUUGCAUGACCCCUACGAUGUUGCACUGGUUGCCUGGGCACUCACUAAGGCUGACUCCACAAAGAAGGAAGCUGCCUUCGGAAUACUAGACUCCAUGAAGAGGGUGGAGAAUGGUAAGAUCUAUUGGUCUCGUGAGCCAAUAGAUUUCAACCCCCUCGUAUAUGAGGACAGUCAGAAGCCCUACAUUCGACCAAAGGACGACCAGAAGUGGGAUGCUCAUGCGGUGGAGACCACUUCUUAUGCACUGCUCGUAUAUAUAGCCAGGGAGGGGAUUGGCAUCAUUCAGGAGAACAUUGUCAGGUUCUUUGCAGUAAUGAGGGAGAUUGAUGGAGGUCUCAUCUCUACCUUGGACAGUGUGGCGGCAAUGGAGGCACUAGUGGAGUACUCCUAUCGUGCAAGACUUCGAGAUGUGACAGACAUGAGGGUGACCCUUGAACACUCCGCUAAUCCUAAUUUCACUGUCGAUGUUUACCUUGGCGACUCCCUUGACCUCGCCGCCAUGAGAUCCUUUGAUUUGGAAAACAUCUGGGGCCACAUUAGUGUAGUAGGUCAUGGAUCAGGGCAAGCAUUAGUGCAGUUAGACUACAGCUACGGUGUGGACUACGAGCCUCUGCUAGACUAUCCACCUGUGAAUGCCUUUGACUUCACCGUAGUCUCCAAGUUCUCAGGAAGAAACAACUCUCAUCUGGAGAUCACCACCUGUCAGAGGUGGAUAGACACGGAUGAGUCAGCUACCAGUGGUGUGGCAGUGGUGGAGGUGCAUCUACCCUCUGGCUACUACGUUAUGCAGGACUACCUCAUUGAACUAGUUAACUCGCGCACCAUCAGGAACCUCCGCUGGGCUUUAAGGACAGACACACAAGUCAAGUUCUUCUUUAAUCAUCUGGACACAACUGAGACUUGUUUAACAUACGAGGUACAGCGAUGGCACCCAGUGUCCAACCACUCCCGCUACAACAUGGCCAGAGUCUAUGACUUGUACCAGCCAGAACGUUUUAACAUGACCAUGAUGGAAGUGUACCAGCUGUAUGACCUUGAUGUCUGUGAAGUCUGUGGCUCUUAUCAGUGUCCAUACUGCCCAUUCUACAGCAGCGGACGAGCCCUUAACAGCAUCCACUUGAUGAUCCUGCUUGUCUUGGCCCUGAUACUGACAAGGACAGCCCAGUGCUGAUAUUGCUUCUUGUCUGCCUCCUCAGUAACUACUGGGCAGUAGCCUCCAGCAGUCUCUCAAGUGCUGCUUGAUCAGGAACACCCUUCACUUCUCAAGAGUGAUUCUGUGAUCUGGUGUCACAUUUCUCAUACUAACGAUCUGGAAGAUCAUGGGAAAUUUUAUUGCUUGGUAAAUUACCCAAGAUGAGUAUGUGAAGGAAGCAAGCAAGCAUCGAAAGUGAAUAAGUUUUGCUCGAGGUGUUUAACGUUUCAUACUUAUAUUGAAAACUCAUAUUUUUACCUGUUCCUUGAAGGUUCCAUGAUUUGAGUUUCUGUAUAUUGAUUUUCAACACUAAUCAGGUAAAUUCGUUCCUAAAGCAUGAAAUAUAAACAUUUUAUGUUAGUGUGUGUUUAAUUUUGACUUUAGUGUACUAGUUCCAAAAUCAUUGUGUUUAUGGAGGAAGGUACACAUCUAACACUUGUUUGUGCUGCAUGAGGCUAAUGGUAUGUUUUAAUUCCAUAUGCUUCAUAAAAAAUGAAGAUAACAGCAUACCCAGGAUACGUAAAAUUAUAAGAAGAGAUUAGAAGCACAUUCAUGUUAAUUAGUAAGAACUUCCCUGGAAGAACCUGUAGAGAAUCUGGAAAUUGCAGGCGAAGUACAGAAGCUCUGCUUACGAAUUAAAAACUUAGUAAAUGUGAAGGAAUUAAUAUGAAAAUGCAAAGAGGAAAAUGAUUUUUCAUGGCAAGAAUAUCGUAAGCAGAGUUUCAGCACUGUUUGGGCAUAGUUUAUAUCGGAGUCCGUUUUAGUACUCCUGUGUUAAUUUUUGUGGAAAUCGAGAAUAUGUUUAUAAAUGCAAAGAGUAUCUGUAAGCUGGCUAUGAGAAUAGCAACAGAAAUAUAUCGUCAUCAAAAAUAUCACCGAAGAUAACCUACCAGUCUCUAGGAUUAUGUAAUUUCAUGAUAUUCAUUUAUUGAAAUGUGGCUGAAGGCACAAGAUACCGAGCACAUGUUAUUAGAACAUGAACAAAAUAUGGGAAGAAGAAUAAAUGAAAUACAUGAACAGUUGCAUGGGAAAUUAAAAAUACAAGCUUUUGAUACAAAUAUACACAAAACAUCAGAUAAUGUUUCCCUUCAAGCAAGGAAUGGAAAGACUGGAUUAAAACUGCUUCUAUUUCCUGGUGUUGGCAGGAAAAUAUCAUGAUGCACGAACCAUGACAGAUUAUCCACAUCUGACUAAAUAUUACCCAACAUAAUUUAACUUUGCUUUGAGAAUAUAAUUUCACGUUGCUCUGAGAAUAUAUUAACUCGUUAGGUAUAUAUAAUGGAUUGUUACCAGUGACUCGCAUGGAGUGUUGGACGUGCAUAUGUGAUAGUAGUUGUUUCCAUCUAAAACAUUAUACAGUGGACCCCCGCUUAACGAUCACCUCCAAAUGCGACCAAUUAUGUAAGUGUAUUUAUGUAAGUGCGUUUGUACGUGUAUGUUUGGGGGUCUGAAAUGGACUAAUCUACUUCACAAUAUUCCUUAUGGGAAAAAAUUCGGUCAGUACUGGCACCUGAACAUACUACUGGAAUGAAAAAAGUUCGUUAACCGGGGGUCCACUGUAUAUAUAAAUAAAAAAUGUAUGAAAUUUAUAUAUUUAUAAAUUUAUAUAUUUAUAUAUGGGAGAUGGCCGACUUUAAAAAAAAUAAAAAAAUGUAUAUAUAUAUUAUACAUAUAUAUAAAAUGCAGUUUAAUGUAGUUAAUGUCCAGAUACAAUGUAUGGCAAAAUGGCUUUGAAAAAACACUAAAUGCAAAAUGAGACAAGCAAAAUAACUAAUUAUCACAAGUUUUUCUUACUUGAAAUGUCAAUAACUUCAAAAGUGCAACAUGUCACUGAGUGUGAAGGGACUCCAAAGUAUCCACUGAAGAGGGACUAAAUCCAUAUUAAAGAACAUUGUAGUUCAUUAACUGGGGAGUAAUCCUCUGAGGUAUUGUUCUUAUAAAGUAUCCAUCUUCUACAAGAAAAUUCCUUCUGGCAUUGUUACUCCUUGAAGGAAGGACACCCAGCUUUCUAUGCACUCGUGCAGAUCUUUAAGAGGAAAUCCACAUUUCAAAGACACUUUUGCACCUUAAGAUGACCAAGAGUCUCUGACAGCAACGUAGCUCUUAAAUAAUUGCCACAAUCUUCUUGGAAUGAGCAAACGGGUUUAAAGAAUUCGUAAUUUGCUUUCUCAGAAAGUGUGAUUGCCAAGUAAUACCACAGAGGAAGAAUCGCUCAGAGGAGCACCAUACUGCUCCUGGCAUACUACUGUAUCUUACUGCAUUUUGGAGCUAGAAUUCUCUGUAAAACAGUGUUUAUUGAUGAUAUAUUUUUGCAUGUUUUGUCACCUGUAAGGUAAUAUGCUCUUUCUGCAUAUAAUACUGCUAUUUUCUUGAGUGCCAUAUUGUCUGAAUACCAUUUUUUAAAUAUAUUAGAGACUAAUAAGCUUUGGGUCGUAAGAUGUAUUAAUAUUAAAGGAAAAAAAAGUGUUGCAUUAUUAAGCUUAUUUUAUAACUUACAAAGGUUUGAAAGUGUAUAUGUAUAUACUGUAUUUAUAGGACUAUGCUUGGAGUUUUAUUAAUGAAUUGUUAAUAUGAAAUUGAAAUAAUUUGGUGGAUGUAACCCUGCUUGUUAAAAUAUUUAAGCAACUUCAUGUUAGGGUUUUAUUCCAGUGAUAUGUUCAUCCUGGCCUGCCAGGGGAAUAAGGUGGGGUCUGGAACUUUGUAAUACCCUUAACGAACUUCUCCCUUACUCUUGUCCCAUCAAGGGAGGUGUCUUGAGGCUCAGUAGGGGCACUUGAUCCAAGGAACUAGGCCUGUCCUCGGUUUCCUUGGCUUGAAAAUGGUUGCCUCCCAUUACCCUGUCAGCUAUAUUACCUUGAUGGUUUUAGCAUUUCCUUCAUGAAUGCAAUAUAAAUGCUGAUCAUAAUUCCAUACUCAUGAAAAAUAUUGUAAACAAAUGAGGUCAGUAUUUUGUCUAGUUAAUUCUUUCAUUUUCCCACUUUGCAAUUCUCAAUUUCAUUUUUAACAAACUUAGUGAACAUUUAUGUAUGUAAACACGCCUGUUAUGUGCACAUGUAUAUGGCGAAAACCCACUUAUUGAGUACACGUGUAUGCAUAAACCCACAUGAACUGUGGGUCUUGAUAAGAAAUUGGUUAUGUUUAUCAAAGUGAGAAGUUGGCUCAACCAAAUUAUAUCCCUCGGCGAGGCAUUACAUGUGCCACCUCACAUCAUCCAUACAUCCGUACACUGUGAUAAUGUGUCAAGAAGUAUGACUUGACGAUUAGUGUUUAUACGUACAUAUAUAUGUAUAUAUACACACAUACACAAUUAUAAUUAUACACACACACAGUGUACUGUACUGACAUUUAUUUGUUGAUUUUGUUGCAGAAAACAACUUUGUAUGAAGGUCCUGCAUGAUAUAUAGAGUUUACACAUGAAUAUAUUAAUUUUAAAAAGAGAACGGGUCAUAGGAUGUAUAAGUUCUUUGCACUGGUAUUGGAUAAAUCAUUUAUUAACGAAAGUUCCUUAAACAGUGAUUCGUGCAUAACCAAAGUGCCACAUUUAGAGCAGUUUAUCCUUAUGAUACAAAGCAGGCACUUCACUGCACUCUAAUUUACACCAAAUAGUUAGGUAUAACCAAUUUCUUGUUCACGUAAUGUGAUGAACGAGCCACGUCUCGUGCAGAAAAUGCUGCACGAGACGUUAUUAGCUUAGGAUGGAUAAUUUAUUUACUUUUGGCAUCAAAUUACUUAAAUGAAUAGCUUUUAUUUAAGGAACUUUCAUAUGUAUAUUGCCAUCACUAUUAUAGAAACCUCACACUGAAAUAUCCAGUUUUCUACAUAGCAUUGAGCCUCCAGUGGAUAAGUCGAGCAAUGAGACAUGUAUAUAUUAGUAGCUUUACAGAACCAGAGGCCAUAAGUAGGUCUCCUGAGCCCAGUAGAAAUGAUGAUAAAUUUCCAUUCAUAUUUUUCAACACUGAUAAAUGUCACUUGUUGGGUAUGUUAUCCUUGUCCAUUCAUAAACAAACUUAGAAUUAGUCAAUAAUCAUCCAAUAUGCAGUACAUUUUGUAUUUUAAUUUGGUCUAUCACCCCAUGUGAUAAAUAUUUUCAAAUACUUGGCGAGGUUAAUUUCCUGUAUCUCAGGAUAUUUAACAAGAAAGAGUGGCUGGCUUAAGGUGGCGAGUGAAAGUUUACUUUAGUUGGGAAAAUGGUAAGCCUGUAAGGGUUUUGUAGCAUCUGGGCAAUGGAAGGAAACCAUGUGGCAUCUUAAGAAAUGAUACUGUAGCAGGGAGACACUUAGACGAGCUCUUGGGACCUUGGUGACUAGGCUUGGGUGUCACCAAGCACCCGUGAAAAUUGUCGGAAUCUGUCGCCUCACAUUCAUAGCAAAGGUGCCAGGAUCUGUUACCUCACAUCCAGUUGUGGAUUCCAAGAUAGUGCACAUGUGGGCUCUGAGAUGAUUUAAUUGAUGAAAAUUAAGACAUGUCCAACAUCUGGAUAUCUUUAAUGAUUUAACAUGACUCACGAAAUCGUAAUGACACGAUUGCAAACAAACCAUACCACAGGCGGGAUUUGAACCCACGGUCAGAGUCUCAAAACUCCAGACCGUCGCGUUAGCCACUGGACCAGCUAGCCACAAUAAGAUUCGUCCAACUAGGUAUAUUUCUACACCAUAGGAAGGUUAGCAUAGGCACCAUACCAAGUUGGACGAAUCUUGUUGUGGCUAGCUGGUCCAGUGGCUAAUGCGACGUUCUGGAGUUUUGACUCUGACCGCGGGUUCAAAUCCCGCCCGUGGUAUGGUUUGUUUGCAAUAGUGUCAUAACGAUUUCACGAGUCAUGUUGACGGCAGUGAGGGGACUUGAGCUAGAGUUAGUCACGGCCACGCUAGCUGGAGAUUAGUCUGUAAAAACUUGCAUUUGUGGUCAGUGGUGCCUAUGCUAACCUUCCUAUGGUGUAGAAAUAUACCUAGAUGGACAAAUCUUAUUGUGGCUAGCUGGUCCAGUGGCUAACGAGAUGGUCUGGAGUUUUGAGACUGACCGUGGGUUCAAAUCCUGCCCGUGGUAUGGUUUAAUGAUUUACUUGUGAGCUCUGAGAUGGUGCAUGUGGUUUCUGAGGUGAUAUGGAUUCUGAGAUUGUGAUGUGACUUCUGAGAGGGGAGGGGGGGGGGGCCAGAUGUGGGUUCUGGUAUUGUGCAGAUGUAAAUUCUGAGAGGAUGCAGAUAUGGGCUCCCAGAGAUUCAUUACAUGGGUUUUGACAGGGUGCGAAUAUGGGUUCUGCGAGGUUGAAGAAAUGGGUUUUGAAAGGGGUGCAGAUAUGUGUGGAUUCAUAGGACCCACAUCUUAAAUCUUUCGGAAGACAAUAGAGCAGAUAUAGGUUAAGACAAGCUUCACUGGGCAUCAGUGCUACUGAACUGAAGCAUCGUUGAUGCAGGUCCCAAUUAACCCACAAAUUACAGAUGCAACAAGGAUGCUGGUCUGUCCUGGACUAUUAUUAAAGUGUGUAGUGUCGGCCUCUUAUUUGUGACUUAAUCAUCGGGAUAAGUUUCUUCUAUGUUAAACUUCAUGUGUACACAAUUCAAGUAGAGAAAUAGUCUGUCUUCAAUAAACAAUAAGCCAUAUUUCAAAAGUCAUAAGAUAAAUUGCAUAUUUUUAUUCUGGUUAAGAAUAUUAUAUAAAUUAUAUACAAAUAUAUUGUACAUAAUAGAAAAUUAGUUACUGUGUAAGAUGUACAUUAUUGAGUAACAUAAUACCCAGUGAACUUUUUUUUGAUUAAAUUUGUACCAUUGCUUACUAAUCAAAAGUUACAUAUAGUGUACUUUUUAUAUACACCAUCCUAUUGAUCAGACUGGUCUCUCAUUACCUUACAUAUGGACUAAUGUAAACCACGAGGAAAUAAUCUCACGACUAGCAAUCUGUGACUGUCACAUGCUACAUAAGCCACUGUAUCCUUUAUCACCCCUCCUACCUGUUGCUACUAUUAACAUGCCAGUAGCCAGAUAACUUCUUUGGUAUAUUAUGUAUUGUGUAAUGGUCCAGUAUUUAAUCUCAGUAUUCCUGAUAUGCAUAUUAUAUAUGUAUUAUAUUCUUAAUAAAAUAUUAGACAUCAA